AUGUAAAAAACCUAUAAUUAAGUGAAAAUAGAAGAUUGUAAUUAAAUAGAAAAAGAAACCAAAAGUUCAACUCUAUUAGGAUCUAAAAUAUAUUCUUAAUACAAUUACAGAUGGAUCAUUUUAACAUGUUAUCUUUUAGUCGUAUUUAUAAACGGUAUUUCAUAUUAAACCUUUAUUCCCAAUGCAAAAUAAGUAUUAGUUUAUAAACUAAUUAUAGUUUGUAUAAUUAUAUGAUGUAGAUGAAUAAAUCAUAACUCUAACUGGUACUAUAUAUCUGAUUAUGUAGCCUUUAUUUACUUUUUUUGCAUCUUCAAGUAUUUAAUCUACAUAUAAUUAGUCAUUGUUAAGAAGGGUUUUGUUGUAUCAACGAAUUUAGGUGUAAUAUUAACAAUAGUUGGUUAUGGAAUUAGACUCUUAAUUAAUAAAUACUCUUUUAUUUUUGCCAUUUUAGGUUAAGCAUUUUUAGGAAUAUCAAGACCUUUUAUUUUAAAUGGUUAGACAACUAUGGCAUAAAAUUGGUUCUUUCCUUCAAAUCGUACAGCAGUCUUGGCUGCAUGUAAUGCAUUUUAAUCAUUUUCAAUGGUUAUUAGUGUAUUAUGGCCAGCGAAUUGGAUUUUUAAAGAUUAUUCUUACAAUAAGUAAAAUUAAUAGGAAGGUUUGGAUCUAUCAAUAUAACUCUAAUACUAAUAAUUCUUUUUUAGUCUGACUCUUCUUCCUGUUUUUUUUCUCAUAAAAAAUAACCCAAAAACUCCUCCUUCUGGAUUUGCUAAUUCUGAUCAUGAUGUAGGAUUCUACCAAUCAAUUAUUAAGCUUUUAACAAACAAAAAUUUUAUUUUGAUUCUUUUUACUUUUAGUCUUUUUUUUGGAACAAAAAAAGGGUUUGGUCUGAUUUUACCAUACAUAAUGUCUCCUUUUGGAUUUGUAGAUACUGAUUAUUCAAUAGCCUCUACUAUGUUAAUUAUAGGAGGAUUUUUUUCAGCAGGGUGUGUGUCUAAAUUAGUAUUAAAAUUUAAGAAAUAUAAAACUAUUGGAAUUACUUUAUUUAUUAUCUCACUUGCUUUAACACUACUCAUGUAUCCUAUUUUAAUGGUAGAACGAUUAAUUCCAUUAUGCAUCUAAUAACUUCUCUUAGGAUUCUUUAUAAUUCCUAUGGUGCCAGUUUUAAUUGAAUAUAGUUGUGAAUCUAUAUAUCCUUUGAAUGGUAGUUUCUCUGUCGGAGUGAUGGUCUCAGGAGUAACCAUUGUUGCCAUGUUAAGUAGUAUAUUACUAACAUUUACAUCAAAAGGUUAGGAUAGCGAUAAGAAUAGUAUAUUUAACACAUAUAUUAUAUUUUGUUGUAUAUAAUUAACAGGCUUCAUUUUGUUUUUAUUUACAAAGGAAAUAUUGAAUCGAAGUAAAGAGGUUUAAUAAAGAGCUUAAUCAAAAUAAAGUGUAUUUUAUUGUUAAUAGCAAUUGAAAGAUUCAAUUGUAAACCCAAAUGGAGUAUAUAAUGAAUAAAUUGUGGGUGAUUAUCCAACAGAACAUCCAAUAUUGGAUUCUCAUGAAUUUAUUUAGAAUCCUGAAGUUUUAAAUCCUGAUUUUAUAGAAUAAAUGUAGAAUGAUGAAUAGAGUUGA